AUGGCGGCGGUCGGCGGCGAGAACAGCGGCGCGGGCGAGGGGGAGUUCUACCUGCGGUACUACGUGGGGCACAAGGGCAAGUUCGGGCACGAGUUCCUCGAGUUCGAGUUCCGCCCCGACGGCAAGCUCCGCUACGCCAACAACUCCAACUACAAGAACGACACCAUGAUCCGCAAGGAGGUCUUCGUCUCCCCCUCCGUCCUCCGCGAGGCCAGGAGGAUCAUCCAGGAGUCCGAUAUCAUGAAGGAGGACGACAGCAACUGGCCCGAGCCCGACCGCAUCGGCCGCCAGGAGCUCGAGAUCGUUAUGGGCAACGAGCACAUUUCAUUCACCACUUCCAAGAUCGGCUCCCUCGUCGAUGUCCAGUCCAGCAAGGACCCGGAGGGCCUCCGGAUCUUCUACUACCUCGUCCAGGUUCGACCUCAACCACCAGUUCCGCCCACAAAUACCGACAUUGUUUGUUCACUGUGGCCCUCCAGAAUUUUCAUGGCUCUAGCCUCUACCUUGCAAUAUAUUGAUAACAUUUACAUGAGCCGUAAGAUAGAUCAUUUCUGUGGACUUGUGAGGACACCUGAAUUCUCAGAUUCAGGACAACAAGCAACUAAUAAUAUGAUUGUGACUUGUGAUUUGUAA